UCAAGUUCUACUGUUUUUUUAAGUUCAGCAUUAGUGCUUUGUUGUCACAGCUGAGGGGUGAUAACCCUGUUACGGACUGUGAAUAAAAUUUAAGAUCCAGAAUGAAGAUUCUACAGCUUCACUUCUGUCUCCUGCUGUGGUGUGGAGCUGCAGAGAGUUUCACUGAUAAGAUGGUAGAUUUGGGACAAAAUGUGACCCUGCGCUGUGAGGUUGCUGUAAGGGAUGUAUACUGGUACCUUAUGAAACCAUCACAUCCUCCUGUGUUUAUAUUACGAUCAUUCUCAAGUAAAAUCACAAUUCCAUUGUACAACAGCACAACAUUAAACAAACAAUUCUCACUGCAGCUAAAUAGUAGUUUAUUUAUACAAAAUAUCACUCUAAAAGAAUUAGGAAUUUAUUAUUGUAUCCAAAUAGAUACACCACCUAGAAUUAGCAAUGGCAUCAAACUUCACAGCAGACUGCACACGGGAGAUAAUCAGAAUCAGACAUGUGAGUGUAAGCAGUGCCAGGAUGAGACACAUGAUGAAGAUGAAGAGAUGCGUCUCUGGAGAAACCUCAUCACAUCAGGCCUGCUGAUCUGUGUUCUGGUCAUUGUAGUCACAGUUGUAGCAGCUUUCUACUACAAAAGAGUUCAGAGACGUCAUAUGAAAUCUGCAGAAUCUAAUCACGACCAGCAACAACGGUCCGACGACGUACAGUACGCGGAGGUGGAGCUGUCCUCUUCGGGCAGACAGGUACGGUGCAGUAACCCUAGCAGUACCUACGCCUCAAUACAGCACCAGACCCGUAAAUCCUGACCGUUGUGAAGAUGGCCAACGUCGGGGUGGCGGGCAACCUCGCACAGCGCUGGCUAGACAGUCGGCAUUCCCCUCGCUUGCUGUUGGUGAGCAACCGCUGUGUUGCUAAAAAACUGUCAUGAACAUAAAGUUGGUGUUGCUGUAUCUCAUCUGGAGCCAUCCCCGACGGACAUAAACGAACCGACAUCGGCCGACCGACAACAUAAAGAUUUAGGCCUCUACUUCUGCCCAAUGCUGCAAAGUUACAGAACCGACUUUUCCGUGGUUUUCACACCUCCAGAGUCCUCAGUGAAAACUGCUCGUAAGCCGCGACUGAGCUGAGAAAACGUGGCAGGUCUGAUCUCCGUUUGAUUAAGCAUAUGCGACCUUGGCUUAAAGAGUCUGUACAGUAUGAAGUCAAAUAACGGAUUUAACUAAACUUUUUGCAAGCUUUUUUUUCCCCCUUCACCUUUUUCAUCAUUUCUUGCUGUAGGCUGUUUGUCAGAGCCGCAACUCAAUUCGACUGAAUUUAGUAAUGUGUGAAUCCACAGAAAGCGGAGAAAUUUAAUGACGGACUAGACACCCGAUGACUGCUUUGGUGGCUUGGCUAGCUAUUUCCUUACAAUGUUGUAAAAUGGCACUUUUGACUUUUUUUUUCUGGGUUCUUGGAACUGCGCUGUUACUUAUGGAGCAUAGUUCCUUUUUUGAAUAAAAAGAAAUACCGUGACCUUA